GGUAGGAUAGCGCUGGCUGCUGAGUGUGUUGGGCAAUCCUUGUCCCGCAGUACUUUCUUUUUUGUUUUAGUUUCCGUGCCUAAUGUUUGACUGAUCAUGGGCACAAAAAAUACUAAAUAUUUCGUGGCCGUGCUGGUUGCCUUGUGGAUAGCUGGAACCAUCACUUGGCUGCAGUGUGUGGGGGCUUCACUGCUGUGCUACAUUGCCCUGGGAGGGCAUCACACCAUCUGGCUGGCAUACAAGACGCUGCCUCGGGAUCUUGUUGCUGGGGUGAGGUACCUGAGGCUGAGGCUGCUGGUGCGCUGGGCGCAGGGCAGCGACUAUUGCCUCGCUGAUCUCUUUGAGCGCAAUGUUGUCAAGAACCCUUAUAAAGUCGCACUCAUUUGGGAGGGCAAGAAAUGGACUUUCAAACAGUUGUCAGACUACAGCAACAAAGUUGCCGAUGUGCUCAAGAAAAAGAACCUGAAAAAGGGUGACUGCCUUGCCCUGGUCAUGACCAACAGACCGGAGUACGUUGCCACCUGGCUUGGAGCCUCCAAGUUGGGCAUCAUCACGGCCCUCAUCAACUACAACCUGAAGCACAAGUCGCUGUACCACUGCAUUGCCGUGGCUAAAGCCAACAUCGUCAUCUGCAGCCACGACCUCGUCCACAGUGUGCUGGAGGUGCAGCCGCUGAUGCCGGGCAUGCAGGUGCUGGUGAGCUGCUGCAACGGCGCCCCCCUGCCCCAGGACACUCCCAUACCUUAUGUGAGCCUGGACGCUGAGCUGGAGAAAGCGAGCGCUGAGUUACCCGAGGAGCUUCAGAGCGUUCACUUCUCCGACAAACUCCUCUACAUCUACACCUCCGGCACCACCGGCCUGCCCAAGGCUGCUGUCAUCACCAACGCGAGGUACCUGUUCUUCUGUGGGGCGGUGCAGUUCCUAGCGGACCUGCACCACGACGACGUGAUCUACAACCCGCUGCCCCUGUACCACACGGCGGGGGGCAUGGUGGGCAUGGGGCAGGUGCUCGUCUUCAACGCCACCGCCGUCAUCAGGACCAAGCUCUCCGUCACCCAGUACUGGCCGGAGUGUGUACAGUACAACUGUACUGUAGCCCAGUAUGUGGGGGAGGUGUGCCGCUACCUGCUUAACUCGCCCCCUCAGCCCACCGACACACAACACAAGGUGCGGGUGAUGUUCGGCAACGGGGUGCGGCCGCAGAUCUGGGAGGCGUUCACGUCCCGCUUCAACAUGCCCGUCAUCGCUGAGUUCUACGGCGCCACGGAGAGCAACGCCAACAUCAUGAACUACGAAGGCAAGCCCGGCGCCUGCGGCUUCCUGCCGCUACUGUUCCCCAAGGCCUACCCCGUGACACUCAUACGAGUGGACGAGCACUCGGGCCUGCCCGUGAGGGGCGAGGACAGCUUAUGUGUUGUGUGCAAGCCUGGAGAGCCCGGGGAGUUCGUGGGCAAGAUCCUGCCGUCAGAUCCGCUGCGCAGGUUUGACGGCUACGCCGACACUGAGGCCUCCAGCAAGAAGAUCGUGCGCGACGUGUUCAGGCGGGGCGACAUGGCCUUCUUGUCAGGCGACAUCCUUGUGAUGGACGAGGUGGGCUACGUGUACUUCAAGGACCGCACGGGGGACACCUUCAGGUGGCGCGGCGAGAACGUCAGCACCGCUGAGGUGGAGGACAGGCUCUCCCAUGCUGCUGACGAUGCUGACGCCGUCGUCUUCGGUGUUGAGGUGCCGGGGUGUGAGGGCAAGGCGGGCAUGGGUGUGGUGGUGGCCUCAGCAGCCUCCCUCCAGCAGCGCCUCCCUCAGCUCCUGGCCUCCCUGAGGCGCGACCUGCCCGCCUACGCCGUGCCUCUCUUCCUGCGCGCUGUGGCAGACAUCGACACUACGGGCACGUUCAAGCUGCGCAAGGUGGACCUGCAGAAGGAAGGCUACAACCUGCCCAGUCUCCUGAAGUCUCCUGAGGAGGACGGGCACUGCUUGUUCUUCCUGGACCAGACGUGCCAGCAGUACGUCCCGCUCACGUCCCAGCUCCUCCAGGACAUCCUGCACAAGAAGUGCCGGCUCUAGUGCACGACAAACGUGCUAUAUCCAACCAAGUUUCCCCUUUGACAGAAUGGCUUGAAAAAUUAUUGUAUUUUGUUGUACUUGCAAGCCAAUUUAUUGCUAGCAUACCCAGCAACUCGAAAUUUACUAGCCAAUUCCAUGCUAGCGUCUUCCCUUACGGCAGAUUGACUUGAAAGAGUUUUUUUUUGCCACAUUUCCAAUAGAAAUUUCUAAAUCAAGUUCCCCCUUUCAUAGAAUGGCUUGAAAAAUGUAUUUAAUUUUGUCGUAUUUGUCCACGCUGGUUGUGACGAGGGUGGUAAUUAAUUAAUGGCAAUUGGAGCGAGAAUGGGGUAAUAAUAUCACCCCUACCAAAGUACCAAAGUAAAAACGAGUGAUAAGUCAGUUGUUCAGGGCACAAAUUAUCACCUAUCCUAGUGUUUUUCCCCACUAUCACGCCUUCAGUUUUUCAAUCGUUUGUUUUCCGUUUUAGUUGAUGUGGCGACUAGGCAAGGAAGGGGUGAUAGGUCAGUUUUUUCGGGGCACUAGCCACAGGUAGUUACAGGACCAUCACUAACUUGACCCGCCAGAACCAUUUCAUUGCACUGUACCCUGGACAAUUCAGGUACUCGUUUACUAACCAGAUUUCAAUGAAUGAUGGAGUUGGCGAUGAGCUUAGCAGAAAACAUUGUCGUGCGAAUUGGUCUAAACGUAAAAUUUUCUUCAGGUAUCACACCAUAGAGGUGCAAAAUUUUACUUGAAGAUAUUCCCGCUCGUUAUACUAACUCCAGAACCUCUUUAUUCACAAUACAGCGAUGCUCAAGACCGUGCAGGCUCUAGGAACAUUUACUGGGAAAUAUUUCCCGGACACCUAAUUUUUUUUAAUCGUCUGAGGUCGGUUCCGAUCAAAACCGCGUCGAGAAAAACUUACCUAUUACAAACUAUUUCUUUUAUACUCAAUUGAUUUCAGAUCGUGAUCUGAAGGCCAUAUAGGAAUGUGCAUUGAGGGUAUAAAGUCUUCGGAUCAUAAUGACUCAGACAGAUGCCACAUAACGCGUGCUUCUCACCUGCGAGCGCUAAACCUGCAGAAAAAAACGAACAAUCGCAUACAGAUUUUUAUUGACGCUUCCAAAUUCGCAAAUUCAGCUUAAUUCUCCGCCUCACAUUUCCUGCUAGCCGUGUAAUCAAAGAACUGUUCAUUCCGUUGUUCUGCAUUGCUGUCGCUCAUGUCUCAAUAUGAGGUGCUGUGUGUAAACAUUUGUUGGGUUGUUUGUACCUCUUAACGUGUCUGUUCCUGUUGUUGAAAUCUGUUGUUUGAAAACAAUCACAUGUUAGCCAGAAAUAAGACGUCGGUUGUCAGUUACAGAUUUUGUAGAUAUUUUUUUAUAGAUUCAUGAGACUUCAAUGGUGACUUCAAAAAUAAUCCAUACAAUUUCGGGGACCAAGUCAAUUUUUAAUUUCUAUCUCGGCGCUAAUAAUGAAUUACAAAUUCAACGUAAAGAUUGCAACAUCGCAGUUAUGCAGUCUAAUAUAUUCAGGCCAUCGGAAUUUUUUCUCGAAAAUCUAAAACCAUCAAUGAUUUUAACUUCCACACGUGGCGUUGAAACUAGCUCACUAGUAUGCGCGGCUGGUUUUAGGUUAAUUUUGUUGUGUUAUUUCCUUAGGUUAUUAAGUUUUGUUGUUUUAUCUCUUCUAGAGGUUUUUGUAACAUUCCAAUAUAUUCUCCAAGAAGCUGUGCACAAUCGAGACAAGGAAGUUUGACUGAACUACUUAAUUUGUAUGAAACUUUACUUUAGUUUUUCACUUUCUUAUCGAAACUUUUUUUCCAGCAGCUCAGUUUCGCGUUUCAAAUGCAAUUAUCUUUAGAAAGGCAUUUAGUUCUUACCUCUUAUUCCCUCUUCACUUUGAUGUCGCAACAAAAACUUCCCAAAAAGCUUCCUUUAAGACACUAUUUUCUUGUGAAAAUCUAAACUUGCUAAGUAUUUUUAUAAGCCUGUGUGCGCGUUUUUAUAUUCAAAUGAAAGCUAUUUGAACAUGUUCUAUAAACUGAAAUUGUACAAACCGAAAUCAGGCGAGAGGCGAGUCAAUUUCAGGCAGCAAUUUUGGUGUUGAAUGAAAUUUUUUUCCUAUUUGACUUUGGGAAUUUUUUUCCACCAAAUUAGGCCCAAAAUGCAACUUAUUUUUUAAAUUACUAUAGUAAUUUUCAUGAACCUAACGAGCUUUUAAAGUACCUGUGUUUUCUUGAACUUUGUGCCUUGCCAAAUGUGCUUCCUUGAAAGCGAUGUAACUUUAAGACCGGAGUUGAAAUUUACUGUUGCUAGGAAGGCGGGCGUGUUGUUCAAAAAUUAUUGGGUCAAACUGUCCAAAUAUUGACACACUACUAAGCAAGGUUAGUCCAAACUGGGUCAGGAUAGCUAAAAACGCUGUAGCGCAAAAAUUUAUCGCUCAAUGGACAAUAUCUCACUCAUUUACUGAGUGAAUUGUUUACUUACCGUAGGCGUCAGUCGACCGAAUUACUGUAGAUUUUACACCAGCACGAGCCCGCUCAUCGACAAGGUCGACGACAACGAACCUCUUCAGUGAAACCAAAUUCAUUUUCACAUGAGAAAAGUUUUUUUCCUCUGUGAAAUUUAUCAAAUUUUGGGGAAAAUUCAAAUAUGACCGAAUUGAAUUGAAUGUAUUUGAAUUUUACCGCUAUUUGUGGGAGGUUACUUGUUGCAUAUUAAAUUCGGUAACGUUAAAAAGUUCAUCAACCACGACAUCGGAUGUAAAAUGGUCAAGCCUUGUCUUUUUAUAUUCAUUUAUAGUUGUUUACAAUUAUAGAGUUAAAUUAGAUAGUAAUGUAAGCUGUUUUGUUUAUACAGCGACUUGUUCGUGGGAUGUGCAGUGGGUGAACUCGUCUUUGUACGUGGGAACUGUCGUGUGUUGUUAUAACGAACACAAUGUUCUUCUUGUGUGUCGCCGUCCAUGUAUUAACUGUGUGGUUAUGAAUUAUUCUGUGUGGUCGUGUAUUUCCUCUGUGGGCGUGUAUUUUCUGUGUGGUGUGUGCGCUUGUUCGUUCCAAGUGUGUUUUUAAUUCUUGAUUUCUUCUCUCUUGAAGAAUUGGUUCUUAAAAUGACUCUAAAGUGUUCUCAAUAUUUAUGGUACAGUGGAAAAAAUCGGCAGAUAUUUAAGCUAAAUUAUCAAAGUGUCACUGCGGUAUAAAUCUAUUCGAAAUUUAAAUAACUAUCUUUUGUAUGGGUGCUGUGACGCUGCAAUAUAAUAUUUGUUCAAAUGUUCUAAGAUAUCCGUGGGAGUCGUCGUGUGUUGUGCUCACCACAGGCCAGUUUUACGUUAAGCUUUAGCGGCGUAGCAGCUACAGCCAAGCUGUAAUGAUUUUGUUGAUUUGAAAAACUUUAGAUAACUGAGACCUUCCACCUCGUUGGUGAUGUUCAUCUUUAGUUUCAGUGCUAAAUGAACAUAGCGAAAGUUAUCUUGACUUUCGGUUUUUAAGAAACUUUCGAUAACAUAGACCUUCCACCUCGAUAGUGAUGUUCAUCUUUACUUUCGGUGCUAAAUAGCUCAAGCGCUAGUAAACAUGCCGCCACUGAACUAAACUAUUCGUCCUCAGUCUUGGUUAUCUUGCUACAAGAUCGUGAAAAUUUGCAAUAAAAAUGUUUGUACGAUAAUUUGUUUUUGAAGAAUAAAUUUAGGUUGUGUUGGUUACAGCUGGUACGUGACAAUUUUAAUGGAAAUGCUUAUACGAUAGUUUUUUUAAAGAAUAAAUUGAAGGGUGUGGGUUACAGCUGGUACGGUUUUAUCUAAUGUCAUAUAACGUCAAAAUGAGCGGUUCUGUUGCCAAAUAAACAAUCUGUUGCAGUAUGUAUUAAAUUAUAUCGUGUUUCUUCUAAGCAGAUAAUUUUAUCAAAAUUCAGAUAAUUUCAUAACAAUGCAUUUGUAAUGCAGCGACAACUUGCACUUCUGCCUUGUUUACGUUCUAGACUGCGGGGUAAAUCACGUACGAGUUUAGAGUCGCUGAUUCUUAGACUUGAAUUCCUAAUUAAGCUUGGCAUACAAAAGUUGUAAGAAUCGUCCAUUUACGCAGCUAAAUUUAUCUAGCUUGUACCUAUACUUAAAUUCAUAAAUUUAAAUUAUAUAAACCAAUUCUACAUUUCUUUGCUGUUUGUAAUCAAUAAUUAAGUCAAAUUUUUAGAAUUUUCAUUGAACUAACUUGUUAUAUCCAUGCUCAUUAAUUAUGUCAUAAACAACGUAAUUUAUUUCACUAGCUACUUAACCUCGAAUAAAUCUUUCUACUUACGAAACCGCACUGAUUUAACAAGCAAUAAUUGUGAAAAAUUUUAAUUUCGCCGAAGUUAACUCAUUUUACAUAUUUUAAUUAUGUUCUUUAAUUGUUGGGAGUUACAUUGAAACGCGAUUUCAAUUCAGAUUUCGUCUGUGUUCUUUUUAGAAAAUAAUAUUUAAUCUCACCCCUCAACUUUAUACAAGGAAAUAGAUAGAAUUUGUUUGUAAAAUCAGUGAAUGUUGAAGUUAUCGAAUAAACGUUGAAUGCUGUC